UCUGCUUUUUUUCUCAAAUUCAUCUAUCGCCUCCGAAAUUCGUUUAUUCAUUUUUUUUGUGAUUUCUUUUUAUGAUUCGAAAAAUCAAUUAGUAAAACAUAAAAUUACAAAAUGAAAAUCAUCACUGCUCAAGCUCCGGUCAACAUUGCCGUAAUAAAAUAUUGGGGUAAAAAAGAUGAAAAUCUAAUUAUUCCAUUGAAUGAUUCAAUCAGUGGUACACUGUCAAUGGAACAUCUUUGUGCAACAACUUCAAUUGCAUUCAGUAAUGAAUUCGAUUCAAAUCGUAUGUGGUUAAAUAAUGUUGAAGUAAAAAUCGAAGAUAAUAAGCGAUUAGUUCGUUGUAUUGAAAAUGUUCGAAAAUUAGCCGAAUCAACAAUUGGUUGGCCAUCGGAUCAUCAUAUUCGUAUAUGUUCCAAAAACAAUUUUCCAACUGCUGCUGGUUUAGCAUCAUCAGCUGCCGGUUAUGCUUGUCUUUGUUAUGCAUUAUGUAAAUUGUUUGAAAUCAACGAUCCUAAAAUUAUAUCAUCAUUAGCCCGUUUAGGUUCGGGUUCAGCUUGUCGUUCAAUUUAUGGUGGUAUUGUACGAUGGAUUGCCGGUUAUGAUCAUCAAACUUCUAUUGCUCGACAAGUGAUCACUGAAAAUGAAUGGCCAGAAAUUCGUAUUCUUGUCUGUGUUGUCAAUGAUCAUCGUAAAGAUACAUCAAGUACAUUCGGUAUGCAGCUUAGCUGUCAAACAAGUCCAUUGAUUAAAUAUCGUGCCGAACAUGUUGUGCUUGAACAUUGUGAUCAAAUAACCAAAGCGAUUAUGGAAAGAAAUUUUGAAAAGUUUGCUGAAAUUACAAUGAAAGAUUCUAAUCAAUUUCAUGCUAUUUGUCAAGAUACUUAUCCACCAAUCCGCUACAUGAAUGAUAUUUCAUGGUCGAUUGUAAAUCUGAUUCAUUUUAUUAAUAAUUUAUUUGGCUACAAUGUUGCAUGCUAUACAUUUGAUGCUGGUCCAAAUGCAUGUAUUUAUUGUCUGGACAAUAAUGUACCUAUAUUGAUCAAAUCGAUUCGUCGAAUGUUUCAAAAAAGUGAUGGAACUGAAUUAGCAAUUAAUGGUAUUACAUAUCAAACUGAUCAGAUAAAUAUUGAUCAAAAACUUUGCGAUUACAUUGAUAUUCGUAAACGAAUGGGUGAUGAUUUAAAGUAUAUCAUUUCCACUCGUUUGGGCAGUGGACCAAAAAUUCUUAGUAAUCAAUAUGAUUCAAAUUGUCUUCUCAGUGCCAAUGGUUUGCCUAAAAAUUAAAUUGAUUUGUAUUAUUUUUUUACAAAUUUAUUUGACUGAAACGCUAAAAAUUAAACAGAAAUUAAAGUUAGUUUUUUUUAA